ACGUCACAAAGGGAGGUCCCAUUCAUUCCCUUAGAACGUUCGGAAAACUUUUGGAGUCGGAAUUUAGCGUAACAAUUUUCGGGACUUUUCCCGGGAGGGGAAGGAGGCUUCCAUGGCGCCGGAGCGCGGCAGUGACGGGCGCCCGCAGCUCCCAGAGGAUUCGCCUUGCAGCACCGAGGGACUGCCGAAGGCUUUCUUGCAAAGCCUGCGGACCCUCUUCGACAUCCUAGACGAUCGCCGGAGGGGCUACGUGCACCUGCGGGAGAUCGAGUCCCGCUGGCUGCAGCAAGGCCCUGAGGCCAGAGAGUUACCCCGGGGUGUUUUAGAAGGGCUACGGCGAGCCGCCCCGGCCAGCGGCUACCUCACCUUCGAGAGGUUCGUACUGGGAUUGCGAGCGUCUCUGCUCAGUUCGGACAAAAGGAGCAGUCCAGCGAUCGUCGCCAACGGCAAAGUCCCGGGGCUCAGAGAGGAAGGCAAAGUUGCGGAGAAGGGGCUGGAAAGAGGGGGAAGCGCUUCUCGGAGCCUGGAAAAGAUCCCCAACUCUCGGGUGGAACCGAUUCAAUGCAAGAGAGAGGCUCUGGCUUGCUGUCCCUCCACAGGAGGAGAUGCUGGCUGGCAGCUGCCACAAAAGGAGAACGCCUCUAAAGGUCUGGGGGAAGCCCGAAGGCAACAGAGAGGCCGCUGUGGACACAGGAGACACACCCUCACCAACGGUGUGGACUACGGCAUGCUGCAACAAAUGAAGGAGUUAGAAAAAGAGAAGGAUUUUCUGCUGCAAGGGCUGGAGAUGGUAGAGCAGGCCCAAGAGUGGUACCACCAGGAGAUCCGCAUCCUGCAAGAACGCCAGAAGCAACUGGGCAAAAGCAAAGUUCACAGUGGCUUGCUUGCUGCAGGCAGUCAGAGCCAGCUGAGCCAUCUCCUGCCCAAGCUGCAAGAACUCAACCGCUGUCUCUGUGAGCUGUUGUCUCUCUCAGCCAAGCCUCUAAACUCCUGUUCUGCAGCCACAAACAUCCCGGAAUGCGUGGCUGUGUCUUCGCCUCCACUGGCUGGGCCCCAGCAGACUAUCAAUAUGUUGAAAGAACAGAACCGGCUUCUUACCAAGGAGGUGACGGAUAAGAGUAAGCGGAUCACCCAGCUGGAGCAGGAGAAGUCGGCCCUCAUCAAGCAGCUGUUUGAAGCUCGGGCCCAGAACAACCAUGAGACCAACCAGUUGGAUUCCACCUUCAUCUAGUCUGGGCCUUUGGCUCUUCUCUUGUGGGAGGGGAGGCUUUCCAGUGGCUGACCUCAGUCAUGGUCAUAAGCUGCUCACAAGGUCUGAGGUUGUAUUACGUUAGUUCUGUUUGGUUGACACAGCUGGACCUCUUAACCAGGCCUGCCGACUGCUUCUCUGGUCCUUCAGACAGGAGUGUGGGGUGGCAUUUCUCCAUACAGCUGAGCCCCUGGAACCACAUUUUGUUUACUUCUCAAGAAAACAUGGGGUUCACUUUUGUUCGUUCUUUGACAUUGUUCCACUGUGUGUGUUCACACAGCAGAUCCUUUGCCCCAGUUCUGACACUCUGAUUUCAUUUCUCAGUGCUGAAGUCCUCUCCUUCACCCUUCCAGCAGCAUAGCCUCUUAUUUGAGGUGAGAAAAGAGCUUGUAAGAUUUCAAGACCGUCACUCAAAAGCUCCUAAUCCGAUUGCAAGAACCACACUCCAAAUGGAACUCCAGAAUGUAUUUCAGAAGCGAUCACCGAUCCCAGAAAUGGUCUCUUUUGCUAACAUGUUGGGAUAGGCCUUUUCUCUGUUCAAGACAAGAACGCUCCUGAGUCUAUGCAUUUUUAGACAGACAUGAUUGUUUGGAAGGAGGUUUCAAAUAAACAGUUGCGUUUCAGAUUGUUCCUCCAAAUCUUCAGCAUCUAAGUGCAAUCCCCAUCCCCUGAGAGCAUCACCCUACAACUUGACUGGAUCUACCUGUAGCCUGGUGCCUUGACAGACAUGGAAUGCAGAGAAGGGUGAGGUGAGGCCAGAAGUAACUCAUUGUUUACCUCUGAACUCUACAGCCAGGGACAAGAGUCUCAGAUCUGGGGGGGACGCUGAACAGAGAAGUGCUUCCACCCUUAUUACUGAAGCAGGGCAGAAGAAGGCACCGAGCACCAUCAUCUGGAUCUCUUGCUCCUCACACUCCAAGCUUGGCAAUGCUGUCUUGGCCCAGGAUCAUCAGCUUGGUUGGGGACACUCUGUCACCUUACACUCCCCCAGCUGAAAAUGCUGGCUCUUGAUAGCCUAAAUCUUUUGCGUAGCUGAAAAACAACUCCAUAGUUAAUCCCCCCCCCUAAUUCUUUCAAUUAAAUAAGUCUUGCAAACUCCAUAGUGGGAAAGGUGGGGUUCAAAGGACCACCCUGAGAAGGGGGUGGGAGUGAUGGGUUAAGACAUAACCCAGCCCCUUCCCCAGCUCUGGCAAUUCCUGGCAUCGCAGCUGUAGUUUCCUUUCUUUCCUUCUCUUUUCUGCUUCUGAGUCUGGGAAAAGGGAGGCCAGAACUGGCCAGGAAGGCCGUGUGGUUGGCUCCCUCGACUAGUUCCCAUGGGGAGGGUUUGGGUAUACUUAAGAUGUCUAAAUGUGAACAGCUGAGAAUGAAGGAUGAGUCGGUCUGUUUACUCCCUUCCCUCAUCUGUUAUCCAAAGAAGCUGUGACUUCUCACAGUUGGAAGACAGGAUACUGGGUAUGACCUAUUUUUCUGAGUCAGGCUGAUGGUACUUAAGGUCAGGUGUACUGGUACUGUGCUUUUUGCAUCAACAUUGUAGGUCUAAACAGGCCCAAGAAAAGCCCGGUACAGAAUGGCCCAAGAGUGUCCUUUUGUUAAAAUGGCACAUUGGCUCAGGUAACUGUUCUCUCUUUGUGUGUAUGGUAGCAUAUCUUUGCUGCAAAUGAACUAACUGCUCAUUGGACACGACAGAUAACCCAAGCUGCAUCUUCCUCUUGGUUCCUGGUACCAGCAGGGGGUGUCGUGAAACCAUAUUAAAAUUCAAAGUUGUGUUCUAAAUUAUAGAGUGGUUUUUAAGGUACAGAUAGAGAAAGGUUCUUUUGUUCGGGGAGGCGAAGAGAACAUCUGCUUCCCCACUUCAACCUUGGAUUCAGUGACGGCUACUUCUGUCCUGAUGACCAUAUGGUUUUAGAAAUUUAGGCACAGUUGAAACAGCAGAAGUUGCUUGGAAGUAUGAGACAUGAGGGCAGGCACAGGGAGUCAGUAGUUUCUGGGGCUGGAAGAUUUUACAGAUCUUGCUCGUGCCUAGCAGGCAGAACUCUCACUGCUCAGUAUGCAAACAUCAGAGCUUCUUCUGCCUCCCCUUUGCAUACAAAAAUGUUGCUCUCUUCUUGACCCCUUAGCCCCCAAUUGUACAGCUUCCAAAUGCCCAAGGGCCCUUUUUAAGCAAUUUUCUCACAAAGACAAGUAUGUUUGUUUGUUUAAAUUUCCAAAUGUUUCUCCUUAACUUGAAGCUUCAGGAAGCUUCGCUGAGGAAUGUUUUGUCUGCUUUCCAGCUGUGACGUUGUACAUUUUGUAGUAUCUUCUGGAGCAAUCACAAAUCUUUCCUUUACCAGUAACCAUCUCCCCCCUCCCCCCGCCUACCUGCUUUUCCUCCCACGCAUCCUCCUAUGGAUGAUUCAUGUCUCCAGGAUAACUCGGUGGACUCCAUUUCAUUAUGCUUACAAAUAGUGUUUACCUGAUGUUGUUAUUGUCCACAUUGCUUGAAUCAUCCCUGUGAUCUUGUCUUGUUCUACCUCGCCUAAACCUAAAUUCACUCCUGAGGCCAGUGGUGCUUCCAUCCUUUUCAGCAUUUAAGAAACCCAACUGAUCAGUAGUACCAAAAUUGUUGCUGUAAUUACCUUAAUGAAUGCCAGCAGUUCAAGCUCAUUUGUGUACAUUCUGAUGCAGGAAGGUGAUUUUACACCUUCCCGGGUUAUGAUGUCAUCCUUUAUCCUAAAUAGCCAAACCCUCUAGUCAUCAUGCAAUAGAUAGUUUGGUCUGAGCUCUAACUAUUAUCUGUUCCUUCCCAUCACUGGUACAAUCUUGCCUCCUGGCUCUUGCACAUAGUUGCUCCUAUUCCUCAACUUAAGAAGAAGAAGAAGAAGAAGAGUUUGGAUUUAUAUCCCCCCUUUCUCUCCUGUAGGAGACUCAAAGGGGCUUACAAUCUCCUUGCCCUUCCCCCCUCACAACAAACACCCUAUGAGGU